AUGUAUGUUAGAAAGAGAAGAAUUGCCGACGUUGGUUCGGCUGAAGUGAAAAGAUAUCAUUUAUGUUCGCAUGAAUAUUGGAGAGGAGAAGAAAAACGAUUGACUUCAAUUUAUAAGACGAUUCAUUUAGCUAUUGAUAUUUAUCAACCUAUGAACAUGACUUCAUUGACACUGUAUUUCACUACGAUCUGCACGGUUCUCAUGUCUCUGACAUAUAGAUCGGAGGGUGCUUUUUUACGAUUUGGACCAGAAGGUUUACAAUUAGGUGGAGGUGCUGAUGGUAGUGCAGGUUUUCUGAAUAUUCCAUUCUCAACCGGUGGUGUCAAGAUAAACUCGGCCGUAGCCGGGGGAUUUGCUAAUUCGUUGGUAAACGUACCAAUGGUGCAGCGAUUUGGAUCACGAUACAAUCGGUAUGUGUAUCCAACAAGCACUAGUAGACCAUUCGCGCGAACGAAUUGCGAUUGGUAUUAUCGCUGGGGUCUUCCUUAUUCAAAUUUAUUCAAUGGUCAAACUUAUCAACGAGGAUAUGGAUCAUCUGGUGCUCAAUGGGGAAGCCAAACAGGCACACAAACCGCUUCUUCAGUAAAUUCUCAAAGUAUUCGUCCUUGGUUUUUUAACAUCAAUCGAUUAGCUAAUGUUCAAGUAACUCCACCCAAUAUUCCUAUGACCGGCUUUGCUAGUUCUGGAAGCGGAUGUUCAAGAGGAGAUUCACUUCUAUCUUGCUUUUUCUCUUUCUUUGACACGUCUAUACAUGAAUUACCUUUGAUUAAAACUUCAAUUAUUGAUGCAAAUGGUCAACAAUCCAUCAGUGCGGCUAACGGUGUUGUCAAUCUGUCCGGCCAAAGUAUUUCCUGUAAAUAG